AUACACUUAACAUAUCGAUUCUAAGCUUAUUAGUCAUUUCGAUAUUGUGUAAUCUGAUGUAAUCAAUUAUUCGUUCAUCAUACUAAUGCGUCAUACGUAUAGAUAAUGCGCUAUUUGCUAUAUAUUUGAAUUCGCCGAUUCGCGUUUAAAUCUACGCUCUGAAUUUAAAGGGACAAUUCGAUCAUCGGUAAAAUAGGCAGCAAUUCCUGCGCGAUAAAAACAUUCGCAGAUUCUCGUUUCAAGCUGGCCUUAGAAUACGAAUGAGAGACAACUUUUACGAAUAAUUGAUUGAUCUAUUCUAUGCGAUUUAUGUCCGGUGUACUGUAUACACGCACGAUCCCCUGUACGAGUAUAUAUCUGUAUAUAUCUGUCGGAAGAUCGAUUUCAUACAUGCCUUAAGUCCGGCCGCAAUGGGCAUCUUCGUGUGCGGAAUGUGAUUUCACAGGAUGGCAGAGACAAGCAAUAACGACUCGCGUGGUGCGUCGAGUCUUGGUGACGACGCGAUGGGAAUUAUGCUAAACGACGAGUUUCCAAAUGAUUUGCGAGAGAUAGUGUCUAUUAAAACGGAAGACAGCGUUUUGCAAGAGGUGUCGGAACAGAUCAAAUGUGCUACAGAGUCAAGCAAUCAGCACGAAAUACAAGAUGUUGUCGAACUGAUUGCCGAAGGGAAUGCCGAAGUUAAGGGCAAAGAGGACCAUAGGUCAGAGCUGCAAAAGCAGGUCGAGAUUGGGGAAAUUACUCCGUUUGAAGCGGUCUUUAAACAGACAGCUCUGGAGCAAAAAGAAGGGACUGCCAAUAAAAGUUCUCAAUUGUUAGACCUCGAGAAGUACUUUAAACAACAAGCUGCUCUCGCUGAACAAAAGAGGAAACUAAAGAAAGUAUCUAAGGCAUCUACUGACAAAGAUCAUUCGGUGCCAGUCAAGAAAACAAAGUUGCACAGUACUGAUGCAGGAACGAGUAGUAAAAGAUGCCAAAAGUCUAAACAUGAGAACAGCAGAGAUAACACUCUGCAAAAUAUAGACAAGGCAGACUCCACUGUAGCAAAUGAGCCUGCUGACAACAGUUCGGAAAGCGAAUAUGUUCCCAGUGAUAAUGAAGUGGAUUCCGAUGUAGAGGAUAAGGCAUCAUCUAAAAAAAGGAAAACUUUAGCUAAAUCAGGAUACACCCGCAUAAAAAGAACUCGAGAUGACGGAGAUCAUCGAUUGUUUAAGCAGAGAGUAGAAACGAACACUUAUCCCAAAGAUGAAGCAAUGCAUAAAAUUGAUACUCUUUUUAAAGUGCCACAAUGUAUUUGGGAAAAAUUGUACAGGUAUCAAAAGGUCGCAGUUAAGUGGCUGUGGGAAUUACAUGGUCGUAAAUUAGGCGGCCUGCUGGGCGACGAGAUGGGAUUAGGAAAAACAGUGGAGGUCAUUGCGUUCUUCGCGGGUCUGGAUUGCAGCGAAUUGCUCUCUCAUAACGGACGAUUCAGGGGAUUAGGCCCGACUAUAGUUGUAUGUCCUGCUACUUUAAUGGAACAGUGGGUGAAGCAUUUUCACGAUUGGUGGCCCUUCUUCAGAGUCGUUGUGCUUCACCAUUCUGGUGGUUAUAAUGGUGAUCCUGAAAGUUUGAUAGAAUCCCUACAAACUGGCGGAAUACUCAUUACUUCUUACAACGGAGUUCUCAAACACAAAGAUUUGCUUGUGUCCAGUCAAUGGCAUUAUGUUGUCCUGGACGAAGGCCAUACGAUUCGUAAUCCACAAGCGAAGGUGAGCCGAGCGGUGAAGCGACUCUCGACGCCGCAUCGAUUGCUGCUGAGCGGUAGCCCAAUGCAGAAUUCCCUGAAGGAACUGUGGUCCUUGUUCGAUUUCAUUCUUCCUGGCAAACUGGGCACCCUGCCUGCAUUUCUUGAACAUAUCGCGAUGCCCAUAACACGCGGCGGUUACGUGAACGCCACGCCGUUGCAGGAAGCAACGGCCCUCCAAAUAGCCACUAUGCUGAAAGACACCAUCACGCCGUACAUGCUUCGAAGAACGAAGACUGAUGUGAAACAUCAUCUCACUCUACCGGAAAAAAACGAGCAGGUAUUAUUUUGUAGCUUGACGAAUGAGCAGAAGAAGCUGUAUAAAAAGUAUCUGUGCUCCGAUGACGUUUCCUUUAUUCUUCACGAGAGAAAUAAUCGUCAGGACAGUGGAAGAUACAGAGCGAGGUUUCUCAUUGCUUUGUCAGCGCUGAGAAAGUUAUGCAAUCAUCCGGAUUUGUUUUUGUACACCAGAGAGCAAAACUCCGAUGAAGAUAUCAAUUUGUCCGAAGAGCACUUAGAGCAGUUCGGCUAUUGGAAACGUUCUGGGAAAAUGACAGUGGUCCGAUCUCUUUUGAAAAUCUGGCAGAAACAAGGACACAGAGUGUUACUUUUUACUCAGGGAAGACAGAUGCUGCACAUUUUGGAGUCUCUUUUGCAACGCGAGGGGUACACUUAUUUAAGACUGGAUGGGACAACAGUAAUGUCUCAACGACAGCAAACGAUUUACAAAUUUAAUAAUGACACGUCGUAUUUCGUAUUUCUACUGACGACGCGCGUAGGAGGCCUGGGAGUAAACCUGACCGGCGCGAAUCGAGUGAUCAUUUACGAUCCCGAUUGGAAUCCUGCCACGGACGCUCAAGCGAGGGAACGCGCGUGGAGAAUAGGCCAGAAUAAACAAGUCACCAUCUACAGAUUAAUUACCGCCGGUACGAUUGAGGAGAAGAUAUACCACAGACAGAUCUUCAAGUUACUGCUCUCGAACAAAGUUCUUGACGAUCCACGCCAACGUCGCCUAUUCAAAACGACCGAUCUUGUGGAGCUGUUCAAUCUGAACGAGCCGCUGGACGGCGAGUUUUCCGAGUCGGAUCGCUUGUUCAGAGAAUCUAAAUUAACACCCAGUGGCUUCUCCCUCAGCAAGAUCGAGCAGAUGAAAAAAUUAGCGUCGAUUCUCAGCAAGAAAAUAAGCGCUAGCGUAAAGUCGACGCGCGACGAAACUGAAGGCGCGAGCAACGGCACUUGCGAAGGGAAACGCGACGAACAAAACAACAAUUCGAGGCCCAUCGAAGCUGUCGCGACGGAAAGUGAUGCGCUUGUGGAUCGAAGUUCACCAUCCGAUCAAAGUAAUACAGAAAAAUCUCCAAGCAAAUGCAAUGAAAAUUUCGAUACGGAUUCCAAUGUAGACGUUGAAAGGAACAGCAAUAUAGAAAACACAUUUAAGGAAAACAAUUGCGAACAGGAUGUAAUCCCAGUGAGAUCUCCAGAUAACAGUCCUGUGGAAAAGAAUAAAUUAGAUGAGGGCGAAGUCACGUCCGCUCAUAAACAUAAGAAGCACAAAAAGAGUUCGCAUUCGGGUAAGAAAAAUGUCUCCGCGAUGUUUGAGGGUGAACGUGUCUCUUGUCUGAUCGGCCGUCGCCUGGGACGUUCCACGGAAGGAGAGAAGUCAGUUCCGACCACGGACGAUGAUUAUGUGCUGAGAAAGCUAUUCGCCAAAUCAACUGUUAGUUCGGCCUUCCAACAUGAAGCAGUAUUAUCUAAUGCGCGUCAUAAUAGCGACAGCGAGAAUGUGAUGCAACGUUUUGCACGUGAAUCCGCGCAAGAAAGUAUGGCUUUCGUUCAUCAAUCGGGGAAACAUUGUUGGAGACCAGCGUAGGAUAAACAAUGUAGUUUGUGAUCUUGAACAUUUUUUUUUUCUAUCAAGUUUUGUAAGUUUGUAACACAUCAUUUAUACCAUUUUCAUAUUAAUUAUAUAAUUUUCAAACAAAUGAGCUGUAAGGAAAUCACAACUAUAUAGUCUAAAAUCAAAUUUAUAAUUAUCUUUUUUUUUAUUAAAAAACUUUUUUUUAACAACUUACCUCGCAUACAUUUGUCACACAGUAUGACAGAACACAUUUCAAUAGCAGAGUUUUGUAAGAAAUAAAUUACUUUUUUACAACGUU